AUGUCUUCUAAGAAAAUGACCGCAAACCCUGUCCGGCCGGCUAGAUACCGCCCUGGCAAGGCAGUCGCAGAGGAGCCAUCGUCUGACGAAGAAGACGCAUCCGCGGGAGAAGAGGAGCAAUCUACACCGGCAACCAGAGCACCAGCCCCGACGGCGUCAUCGUUCCCUUCAGAUGCUACGAGAAUCGCCGGUAGCCUCAAGAAUGUCAACCUAAAUGAGCGGAGACGGCAAGCUGCUGCGCAAGAAGCUGCACGUGUUGAAGCCGAAAAGGCGGCGCGGGUCGCAGAGGAAGAAGGCUUUGUGACCGAAGAAAGCGAGGAGCAAGAAAGCAGUGAUGAAGAGUCGGGGCCCGGAAGCGGAAGUGACGAAAGCAGCAGUGAGGAGGAAGCUCCAAAGGUGCUCUUGCGGCCUACAUUUAUCAAGAAGGACAAGCGGAAAGACAGUGUUGUCGUCCCAGACACCAAGACUGAGGAAGACACGUGGGCUGAAGAGCAAGCGAGGCGGAAAGAGAAGGCUGAUGUCAUGAUCCAGGAGCAACUAGAAAAGGAUGCUGCUGCUCGAGCUGCUGGAAAGAAGGAUUGGGAUGACGAUGAGAUCGAAGAAGUUCAGCAGGUAGACGAUACAGAUGACCUCGACCCCGAGAUCGAACGAGCUGCGUGGAAGCUGAGAGAGCUAAAGCGGGUGAAAAGGGAGAGGGAGGCCAUCGAAAUAGCUGAAAAAGAGCGAGAAGAGAUCGAAAGGAGACGCAACCUUAGCAAGGAGGAACGGGAUGCAGAAGACAAGGACUUCAUCGAGAAGCAGAAGGAAGAACAAGAAGGUAAAGGCAAGAUGGGCUUCAUGCAGAAAUAUUAUCACAAAGGCGCCUUCUUUCAGGAUGAUGCCAAAGCGGAAGGCCUGGAUCGACGCGACAUCAUGGGUAGUCGCUAUCAGGACGAUUCGAACCGUGAGCUACUCCCGCAAGCGAAGAUACUGGGCGAUGGGGAACCUCCGAGGGAAGAGGUCCUCGAAAAGCCGAUGGUACAUUUGACGAGCGUUUUAUGCCAGAUCAAAGAACUGGAGGGAAAGGUGGCUCUGGAGCAAAUACUAUCCAAGUUGGAGAGCGAAGACGGCCGCCGGAGGGCGCACCAGAAGGUCCGCGUGGACGCGAUAGAGGCGGACGCUUUGACGAGGGCGGGGGAAGGAGAAGCCCACCAAGACGGUCCUACUCACGCUCACAGUCACCACCCAGGCGGAGGGAUCAUUCUUACUCGAGGUCACCGCUACCGCGGAGAGAUCGAGAUAGAAGUCGGGGACGAUCCUACUCAUACUCUAGGUCACCUCCACCGAGGAGAGAUCGAUACCGCGACGAGCCAAGCAGACGAAAGCGGAGCCCUUCUCCAGAUCAGGACCGCUAUGGAAGCGACAAGCGGCGAAGAGUAG